GUGAAAGAAAGAAAGAGAGAGAGAGAGAAUGUAUAGAGUUAAAAUUCACUCCGUUGACGAACUCCGGCCAGUCUCCACCGGCGUAACCACAACCUCCGCUGCGAAACCGGCGAUCGUACUUGAGAGGAAGGGCUUGCCGCAUCUCUUCCGCACCGUACCUUUCGCUUCCUCGCUCUCUCAUUCCGCCCCUCGUUCUACUACUCUCAUAGUACUCGCGGUGCCCAAUUAUCUCUCCUCCGACGAUUUCCUCCUCUUCUGCGGAACUAAUCUCGAUACUCUAUCAAGGGUUCUAUUCAUCAGGAACGAUGCCAUGGAGGAUCGAUACAGCGUCUUACUCCAGUUCCUUGAUCAGACUUCAGCGGAUAUCUUUUACACUGAAUUGAAUGGAAAACGAUUCAGUCCCUCCGAGGCUGAACUCUGCCACUUAUAUUUUAGUCAAUGUGAAGAGUUCACAGAGAAUGACAAAGAAGCUGGUACACCUCCUGAAGGAUUUGUUGAAUUGCCAACUUGUCCUGUUUGUUUAGAGAGAUUGGAUUAUGAUACCAGUGGAAUACAAACCACACUUUGCGAUCACUCUUUUCAAUGUCCAUGUGUUUCAAAAUGGACAUAUUUGUCUUGUCAAGUUUGCAGACUUUGCCAUCAACGGGAAGAUGAGAAACCUACUUGUGCUGUUUGCAUGUCAACGAACAAUCUCUGGAUUUGUUUGAUUUGUGGAUUUGUUGGAUGUGGGAGGUAUCGAGAAAGGCAUGCUGUUAAGCAUUGGAAUGACACAAACCAUUGUUAUUCUCUUGAACUGAGUUCACAGCAAGUCUGGGAUUAUGUGGGUGACUUAUAUGUUCAUAGACUAAAUCAAUCGAAAGUUGAUGGAAAAUCAGCAAUUAGCAACUCCGAAUGUGAGAUACAUCCUGGAGAAUGUGGUACCUGCAGCUGCAACGACGACACUGAAAUUUCUGAGACUAUUUUUAACAGCAAAGUCGAAGCGACAUUGAACGAGUAUCACCAUGUUCUAGCAACCCAACUCCAUACUCAAAGACGACACUAUGAAUUACUGCUUGUGGAGGCGAAAACCAACAAGGAAAUGAGGAUAUCCAAAGAAGUUGAUAGAGCUAUAAGUUCAGGCUUGCAGGAUGUCCAAUACAAACUGGAGAAGGCUACUAUGGAAAAGAACGCUGCUUUAGAUGCUAACAGGGAACUUCUAAAAGAACAGGAAAGCGUACAGAAUGAACUUAAGGAGAUGAAUAACAGGUUGAUUUCAACGCUGACCUCUAGUAAAACCAAGGAACUGGAAUUGGAGGAACAGAUCAGGGACUUGAAAGUUUACAUUGAAGCGCGAAAAACUCUAGCUAACUCAUCCGAAGGAAAUGACAUCAGAGGGGGAACCGUUUUGCCUGUGCAGUCCAACCCUUCUAACUCUGCCCCUAAUAGGAGGAAUGCUAGAUCUAACCGAAGACGGAACUAGGCUGUUCUUUUGUAAGAGAAAUCAGAGACAUCUAAGAUUGGUAAAUCUUUUACUGGAUUUAGUUGAGAAUACAAGUUCUGUUUGAAGCUGAGUUUUCAGAUUUAUAGAGGGAGGUGUUCUUGAUUUUGU